CAGGAACGACACCCCGGACACCUCCCACCACGCACUGUACAACCUCAACAAUCCAGCGGAAAGCGUGUGUAGUUCUCGUGCCCGUUAUCGCUGGGGAGUUUUACGGUUCGCUGAAACCGCUGCUGCCUCUUUCGCUUGCGCCUUUGGAGGGAGGGAGACAGAAGCAUCCGCCGAAUAACUUGGGGAACGGCGAAGAGUCAUGGCUCGGCGACUACAGAAGGAGCUGGCGGAGCUCCGCAAGAACAAACUGGAGUGGUGUGACAUCCAGCCCAUGGAUGACGACAUCAUGCGGUGGACAGCCAUGUUGGUUGGACCGGAUGACACGCCCUUCGGCGGAGGUUGCUUCAACCUGGAGAUCGAGUUCCCGGCAGAGUACCCUUUCAAAGCACCCAAGGUGAGGUUUGUGACGCGCAUCUACCACCCCAACGUGAAGACAGACUCGGGGGAGAUUUGCUCGGACAUCCUCAACGAGAACUGGGGGCCGACGCUCAACGUCACCUACGUGCUCAACACCAUCCGCCAGAUGUUGCAGGAGCCUCACGCGGACAACCCUCUGGAGGCGGACAUCGCGAGGCAGCUCGCGGAGGACAAGGACGCCUUCACGCAGACGGCAAAAAAGUGGACCCUCGACUUCGCCAGUCCGUGACGGAGGCUACAUACAAUAGGAGGACGGCGAUACUGUAGCUGUCUUUGUCCCCAGAGGGAGAGGAAGCCCGUCUUUCCCCCUCCCGGGGGGGGGGGCUCCGUCACAUGCCGUUGACCACGCAUGCAUACAUAGCUUUCGAUGGUUGAUAUAGAAACUACUCCAGGGGGGGGGGGUAGGUACAGGGGGUCCGAAUCUUGUGUUCUGGAGCUGCUAGUUCCAGUGUUGGUGCCAUACCUGCGUGUUGGUGGUCGGCUCGGUUAUCUCUUGGAUGUCGCCUGCCGCACCGUUAGGUCCCCGCUUCCGCUUUUUUCUGUUUUGUGAUGUCGGGAUCUCGUCAUACCCCACCCCCCCUGAAAAAAUGCAACAAGAGUAGGUCGUCGUUGUUAUGGUAUCUUGGAGGACGAACGCUAUGGGGCAUUUUUAGGGCGUGUGGUGGUCCGUGUCCUGGCUUGGCUUGGCUUGUAUCUACGUUUUUGUGUUAGUUCGUGUUUUUGCCCUCUUUGCUUUUUCUUGUUUGAUUGGUCUAGUCUAGUCCACGCCGUGUGACUUUUUAUUUUUGUUUUUUGUUGGGUCAUGCACAAACCCCAUUGCUGUGUGGUGGACUCGUUCCACCAUGGUGGCGCCACCCGCUCGCACGCCGAAACGGGGCGGCAACAAAGGCGGGGUUUGUACAUGAACGAGUGGCAAAGUCGAUAUCGACUACAAGUAAUACCAAUUUUUGGUUAUAUGCAAUAGGCCGUGUACUCUAACGAAGAUCGAAAAAUGAAACCAAAGAAAAAAUCAAACCGGUCGAGCUCUGAUUGGUCGGAAGACCAAAUGACGCGUUGUCUGGGUUUCCAGCAGAGCUCCGUUUUAAUUUCCUGGCUUCGAGGUAACGCAAAAAAAUUGGAGAGAGCAUUUACUUAACGAAAAAAUCACCAAGGAUACAGGCUUCCUUCCCUCCCUGGAAGGAGACCGAGGCGGCGGGUAGUCUAUCUACCCCCAACCGGGGGC